AUAACUUCCUUCGUUAGUCAAGCGCUAACAGAUACGGCUGUAUACAAAUAUUUUCUAAAAAUAGUGCAUUUUAAAAAAUUAUAAAUGGCAUAAGGCUAUCGUUAAUCUCUAUGCAUUUUUAAAUCUAGUUAAUACUGCUUACUACAAUAUGACAUAAUUAUGUGGAAGUGGCUAGGAGUUCAUGAUGUCAGUAAUAAUGAUCAAAAAGAGAAUACCAGUUCUGUGGAACAAAUAGAAUCAGAGGAACCUAGAAAUGAAACUGAAAAAAAGAAAGAAAAUAAAAUAAAAGACGUUGCAUCAAAUUUUGGAAGUUAUCUUUACACAUUUGCAGAUGCUGCUGCAAAAACAGCAGUUAAAUUGAAAGAAACGGUAGAUAGCAAGUUGGAAGAGGUUCGUCUUCAAAUGUAUUUUGCUACAUCUUUUACUGGUCUUACGAUUGUUGGAGAUUUUGUACGAGAAAAUGAAAAAUUUAUUCAGCAAAAUGAAGACCGUAGAAUAGGUGAUGCUGUUGCACCUUGGUGUGGAUACCAUGAAGAAGAAUUACUCAAAAGACAAAUUAUGGCUCUAUCUUCAGAUGAGCGGAACUUUUUGCGUGAUCCUCCAUCUGGUGUUGAGUAUUCAUUUGAAAUAAAUCACAUGAUGCCCACUGCUAUGGCUACAUUAAAGGAAGAUAAAGAACUUGAAUUGAUGCGUUUUAAGCUUGUUCCUAAAAGGAUAAAAGAAGAAAAGUUCUGGAGAAAUUACUUUUAUCGAGUCUCUUUAAUUAAACAGUCAACACAAUUAUCAACAUUGGCAGAUUUAGAGCUCAAAAAAUCUCCUCGUAGUUCUUCAUCUGAAUCUCUACAAAACAAAGUCUUACCAGUCAAAUGUGUGGACCAGGAACAAGAACAUGAUCAUGCGGAGUAUGAUUCUGCUAAUAGUCCAGUUAAUCAUGAAUUUCUUAGUGACAUUUAUGACGGUCACGAUGGCCAAUGUCUAAGUGAAGAAGAAAAAAGUCAAAUGUUAGGUGAUAUAAAAGAAGAUGUAAAAACUGAUGAUUGGGAUGUUGAAAAAGAAUUACAAGAAGAGCUUGAAAGUUUUGAACUUGUGAAUGAAAAAGGUGACCUAAAUGAUGAGGACAAUCAGCAAUGGGAGAAAGAGAUAGAGGAUAUGUUGCAAAUUGGUCAGUAAUCAAGUUGAUUGUAAUGUCAUUUAAUUCGAAAAGGUUGCAACAACAUUUUUUAAUAAUAUAAUUUUCUAUUCUCUCCAUAUUGUAAACAUCACUCUUAUUGUAAACAUCUCUCUUAUCGUAAACACUAUAUCCCACAAUGAAAGCAUUAUUUCCCAAAUAAUUUUAGCAUUGGGUGUGUUGUAGAAGCAGUGCAUAUAAAUAAAAAUUUGUUUGUUAUCUUUUAAAAUUUUGUUGAUUAAGAAUUUUUAAAAAUUUUAAUGAAAUUUUUUUUUCGUUAUUUUAUAUGUUUAGUUUUGAAUAAUCUGUUUUUUUAAAACAAUUCUCAAAGAAUCGUUAAUGGUGUUAUUGCUAAAACGUAUAUCUUGUUUGUAGAUGGGUUAUUUCAUGUGUAAAUUGGUUUUUUGGUUUGUAAAUAUUAGAAAUAUAGUAAUCUUAAAUA